AUGCCUAGAUUCUCCGUCGCUUUUGGCAGGCGGCGAUCGACCGUCAACUCCGAGGAGUUCCUCCAACAUGGGCCGGUAACAACAGGGGAUCAGCAGCAACAGCAGUCCUCCUUCCGUGUACUGGAGAGAACCGAGGUUGGAGGCAAUAAGUCGUUUGACGGCGGACACAGACUGCUCAAGGCGGCAACAACAGCGAUUCCGCCCAAACACUACAACGACCUGUCUUUGGAGGACAACAUGUUUGCAGACGUGAAGAACAAUCGCAACGUCUCGACCACACCGUCUUCGGCUGACCUCGGUGCCCAAGGCCCUCAGGAAGAAUGGAGAAAUUCGAUUAGGAAAUCUCAUACCGACCUGCCGCCUCCUCCUCCAAAGCAUAGUUCCGGCGGAUUCCUCAGCAAAGCCGGCAGGACCUUUUCCUUUGGCGGUCAGAAGAAGAACCAAGCCUCCGUCUCUUCCGUUGACGAACAUCCUCUGCCUCCGCCGCCCUUGCCCUCCCAGGCACUGGAGGACGACUCCAGCCGCAGACCUAGAGGCCUCACAGCUUCCACAGCCAGCACAGCCACUCCUCCUAAGCUUAGCGAGGAGGAAUUCAACCUCAAUUUUGGCAGUGACUUUGGUAAUAUGUUCAAGGGGUCCGGAUUCGACAAAAGAGCUAGCCAAAUGACGCUAAACGGAAACGACAAGUCCAACAUGGGACCUCGCUCCCUCACCACCAACCGUGUCAACCAACCUCAACCUUCACCCAUCAAGAUUGACAAGUCCAUCAAAGUUGAGGCCUCCCCUUACUCAUGGAGCAGCCAGCACUCCAACGAUAACCUUCUACACGACGACAACAUGUUUCGCUCCGGCCCCGGCUCUCCCACCAAUACUGACCGCACAUCCGUACCACCGCCACCAGUUCCUCGUCAUGGCUCACCGCUCGCCUUCCGCAACAACGUACCGUCUGAUAUCGUGGAGGAUGAAGACGCGAACUUGUUGAAGGACUCACUGGCUGCCAGCCGCUUCCUUGGCAACAGUCAACCCAGCAACCCAUCUCCACAAGGAAGGUUCCGCAGAAAUGAAGACACAUUCUCGACAGGAUGGGAUGAGACGGACAGUAAAAAGGAAGAGGAGAACAUGUUUGAAAAUAGCACGGCUCGCCCACCCAAGCCCACGCACCACUACAGCUCUGGCAGCGGCAGCAACCCGAGCCCGCCUCGAAACAAGGUCAUGACUCCCGCCGAGUUCGAGAAAUACCGCAAAGACAAGGAACGUCGGGACAGCGUCAGCGAAACCGUGAAGGCAUCCAACGAAAGCCGAGAUGACGAUGACGACCAGUACGAAGAUGAUGAAGACGACAUGGAGAAGGCGAAGUUGGCUGCCAAGCAGAGGAGGAAGCAGGAGGCGCACAUGGCGGUCUAUCGACAACAAAUGAUGAAGGUGACUGGCGAGCAGCCAAACCUUCCAUCCGAACAUGCUGCUCGUCCCAGCCUGUCAAUGUCCCUCAGCACCCCCAACCUCGCCAUUCCCCCGGGCCCAUUGACCGGCAAGUCAGACGCAUCCGAAGAGGAGGACGAAGAAGUGCCACUCGCCAUAUUGGCCGCCCACGGGUUCCCGAACAAGAACAAGCCACCCACUCGCCUCAUGAACAUGGCAUCGAACCCUGACCUGAGAUCUUCGGUCCAGUCUCAGCCCCCUCAGCCUCAGCGCCCCGGGUCAAGCAUGGGUGAGGGCACCGGUCCAAGAGGAACUAGCGGUGGCCAUCUCCCCGCCUUUGCACGGAAGCUGCCACAGGAUCCUUUCCUGGGUGCCGGCCUGAUCAACGCACCCCCACGCGAAUCUCUGACUUUCGGUGGUGGCUCGCCGGCUCCUGGCGCGGCCCCGGCUGUUCCCAUGGGCGGCCUUGUUGGAGUUAUUGCCAGCGAGGAGCGAUCUCGGGCCCUGCGUAGAGGCAGCCCCAACAUUGAGGCACAAAAUGUCAAUCCUUUCACUGGUGCCCCGGUCGACCCUGCCGCAGCAGUCCCGCCGCAGAUGAUGUACAGCAACAUGAACGGUAUGAACGGCGGCAUGGGCCAGAUGGCUGGCAUGGGCAUGGGCGGAAUGCCCCAGAUACAGCAGAUGCCUCAAAUGCCCCAGAUGCCCCAGAUGAUGCUCACUCCAGGAGACCAGGCUCAGAUCCAAAUGACUCAGCAGAUGCAGCAGUUUAUGCAGAUGCAGAUGCAGUUCAUGCAGAUGAUGGCUACGCCAAACCAGAUGAACAUGAACAAUGGCAUGGCGAGGCCGAUGAGCCAUGUCAUGACGCCGUCGAUGAACGACAGCCAGCGACAGUCCUACUUUGGCGACUCUAUGCUCGAGCCCCCCGGACUCGAUUCCCGCUCCAGAACCAUGAGCAUGGUGCAACCCAGCUCGGCUUCGUGGAUCCAACCCGGAGGUGGCUACCCCCCAUCCAUUCACGGAGGCAUGGGCGGCGGCGGCGGGUAUGCGCCCAGCAUUCACGCCCCAGGCCUUGGGUAUGCCCCCUCGAUAGCACCCUCGGAGCGAAGCAACGUGGGCUUACCAGGGCGUUACAGACCAGUGACGCAGGCUCCCGCACCCUUGGACUCAGGUCGGCGCAUGUCCGUAAUGUCGGGCGCUAGGGGCUGGGACGAACCGCCCAAGGUGAUGCAGCACCAGCAACACCAGCAGGAGACCAAGACCACGCUGCAGAAGGCGAGCAGCAACUCUGACGAUGAUGACGAGGAAGGAUGGGCCGCCAUGAAGGCCAAGAAGGAGAAGAAGCGCUCUCUGUGGAAGACGAAGAAGAGCAUUGGCAGCGAAAUCGGAGCUUUAAUUUCGUAA